GGCACUAAUCACCCGUCAUACACGCACACACACGUCGUUGCUGAUGUGGAAAUUCCCUUCUCUCUGCCAUUUAAAACUGCUGUGAGGGCAGUGAGAGCCCAGCGGCGCUGCGACCCGACACAUCACCAGCUUGUAGACAAGAUGAUGUAGUUUUUAGUGUUUUUGUUGUUGUUGUUGUGUGCACAGACAAGGACAACAGAAGAGAGCAAGAGGGGGGAGGGGGCGUUGUGCAUGUGCAUUUAAAUGGGAAAUCUGUUGGGCAGCUGGCGUUUCAAGGAGCCGAGCACCGUGCAGGAAUGCGACUCGACGUGGGGGUCGGACUCCGAGAGCGAGGAGCCGGCGGCUGAGGAUGACAGCGGCGUGUACGACUCCGGCGGCCCGGCGGAGAGCGACCGGGCCGCCGGUGACCACCCCGAGGAUGGGUCCCCGCAGCUGACGGAAUCUCCAGAGUCCCUUCCAAAGAUGAAGAGGAGUUUCUACGCUGCCAGGGACCUCUACAAAUACCGUCAUAGCUACCCGAACUACAGAAAGUCCCGGCAACCCAACGAGUACCGUAACCUGCGCUUCUACCUGAACAAGAUCCCUCUAGUGCCUGAUGGCAUCUACGUAGAGGAGAUUCUGACGAAGUGGAGAGGCGACUAUGACAAACUGGAGCACAACCACACCUACAUCCAGUGGCUGUUCCCAUUAAGAGAACAAGGGCUCAACUUCUACGCACAUGAACUGACUCAGGAGGAGAUCAAAGAAUUCCAAAGCACUCGGGAAGCCAAGCGGAGAUUCCUGGCAGCCUAUUCCCUCAUGUUGGACUUCUACGGCAUCAAACUGCUGGAUAAGAGUGGGAAUGUUGCUCGGGCCCCCAACUGGCAGGAGCGCUUCCAGCACCUCAAUGAGUCCCAGCACAACUACCUGCGGAUCACUCGCAUCCUGAAGUCCCUGGGCGAGCUGGGCUACGAGGCCUUCAAGGCCCCGCUGGUCCAUCUGUUCCUGGAGGAGUCGCUGUGCCACAACACGCUUCCCAACAUGCAGCACAGCGCCCUGGAGUACUUCGUCUACACCAUCCGCCUGCCGGCCACUCGCCGCCGCCUGCUCCGCUACGCCCGCCAGCACUACAGGCCCGCCCACGCCUUCCUCUGGGGGCCGCCACCCAAAAGGCGAGGCGGCGGCUGUGCCGGUGGUAGCGGCGGUGGUGCCGGGAGCAGCGGGAUCCGGGCGCCCGCUCCAACACCAGAGCAACAGCGGAGGGGGGAGGAGAGCACCGGUAUCGGCGGCAUUAUUGUGUCUUCCCAUGAUGCCGCGACUUGCACGAACCUCGCCGGAGGAGGGCCGAAGGAACUGGAGGGAGCGCGAGAGGAGCGAGCACAAUGAGACCGUUCCUUCGUUGGGGGUCCGGUUUCAGUCGUUACCUGGUGCUGAAGGCAGAAAACAGAACAGGUGGUUUUAAAAGUAAUAGCUUCAAAUGUUAAGGAAAAAAUCAUUUGUUCACGCCAGAAGGUUAUGAGUUAUUUUAUUUUAUUAUUAAGUCAAAAAGGCCGUAAUGAUAACAGGCAUUUGUAGAAUCAAUUCAGGUUAAGGGCUUAUCGUUAACAACUAUGACGUUAUGUCUACGCAGGUGAAUCCGUUUGACUGGGCUGAAUAUGGGGUGGGGUGGAGGUCAUGUCCUUGGCCAAGCUUAACUCGCCUUGGACCGAAUCCCCAUCUGAACCCAUAGAGACCCAAAUGUGUGGCGCAAGGCUUUUCCUCAUCUAGGGCUGUGGUUACAAAACCACUUAGACAGAAGAUUUGCCUUAUUUGACCUUUUGGUCUGGAACUGAGAUGAAAUUAAAUGGCGCUCCCGGUGCUGAAGACCAUUUUAGAACCGAGUGUUGCCGAUUGGCGCGUCGGCCAUUGCGAUAGUCACUUAGAAAAUACAGUAAAGUGAGAAUUAUAAUGUGAAGACAAAGAUCAGGGAGAAUUUCUCCCCUCAAAUCCUGUGAAAAGAACUUAAGGAAACACGGAGAAGUGAGAAAGGCAAUAAUUUGAAAGCAUAUAUUUUUUUCUUUUAGAUGGACUUCUCACUUGGCACAACUUAAUCUCCGUAGCCUCAAAAAGAACAGGUGACCUCAGAUCUGUCAUAUCACUGCAGGCAUUUUCUUCCAGCUUUGGUGUUGAAUCCCAAAAUGCAUUCAGCACAUGUAGUUCCAGAUGGUUCUGUGUCCGGAUUAUCAUCCGUUCGGCUGUCUAGUUUCCUCCAUCUUGCGUUCACGGAGCGGCCGACAAUAGCGUGGUUCACUGAGGCCAACAAGGCAUGCUGGGACAUGACACGAGUAAUGAAUUCCAACUGCUAAUUACAGAUUGAAUGUUUAGCUUUUUUCACCUUCCAAUGGUGGCUCAAAAGCCAUGCUUUUACUCAGCUGUGCUAUAGCAGAACAAUUCCAAUAUGGCCGCCACGCGUUAUGUUGCCAGAUGCCCUUCAUCUCAACUGAACGGGGGGCCAUUGGACGUGGCGUGUGGCCGCUGUUAAUGGGGUCAAAACUCGGUCAUGCGUUGCACUUUUUUUUUUUUUGACAAUCUGUGUCUUCCUGUUGAAAGCGCUGCCGGUUCCUCCAAGUCGUUAAAAAUCCACGAAGGUCACGAACAUGAUGGAUUGUUCUCAUAUCGUCUGACCUUCACUGAAUUUGUCAGUAAUCAUUUGUCCUUUCUUUUAAGCAGCCUCCACAUAGCAGGUGGUGAUGCUGUGGACUAUGACUGGACGAUAGAUCAGGGUAUUCUUUACCAAAUACCCUGAUAUCGAUAUUUCAAUGGUACUGUAGAGUUGACCACCACUUUUAGAGAUAUUUUGAUAAAUGAUCAUUAGUAAUGCGGAUGACUAUGUGAGUAGAGGGCAAAUAACAGAACAACUAGAACAAUUUGGCAAUUUUAGAAAAUAACAUCACUUUACUGCAGACUUUGAAUCAGAUUAUUAACAUUUUAAAAUUGGUUUGUUUAGGUGCCAAACAUACGGGAGCUUUGAGAAGUAAGUGAAGAAAAAAACCUUACAAUAAUCCCUUUUCUCAGUCUGAUAUAAAUUACUUAAUCUCCUCUGUUUAUGACUUAAGAACAGGUGAAAAAAUAGUUUUUUUUUGUCAGGAUAAUCUAAGUAUUGAAGUACCUUAAAUGUUUUUGUUGUUAGUUUCUUUUCAUCCGUUUUGGAAAGUGACAUUUAUUUUGUGACUGUAAUAAUAAUAAUUUUGGCCACAGAAAAAGGAUCGUGGCAAAAAAAAAAAAUACAUUAAGCCCAAAAAACAAAUUCAGUUGUCACAGGUGAAAAAAGAAAAGCAACGAAAUCUUUUUCACCUUUUUCAGUUUAUUAAAGGAACUCUGAUUAUGCUUUUUUUCCCCACCUGUUUUCAAGAUAAAUACAGGAGACAAAACAAUUGACACCAGACUUAGAAAAUGGAGCAUCGAUUGCCUCUCAGGGCUUCUGUAGAACACAAAUGAGUUCCCCAUAAGCUCUACCUGGGAGUCUACUACAGGAACCCUCCGCUGAUAGACUCCUUGUUGUCACGUUAGCAGAAGUUGUUAAGAAACACAUCAUCACCCUCAAUGUAUCAGAGGUUGACAGCGCCACCUCGCUUGUGUGUCAGUAUUUUAAUAAAGGUGUGUAUUGCUGUCCAAUCAGCCAAUGGCAACAGAAGCCUCCACAGACAGGUUACGGUUAUUUUGUUUAAUUCAAGGUCUCAUUUCGAACACAUUUUGAGUUCCCCGGGUUGCAACAGAUGAGAUAUCAAUGAAAUUAUAAAAGGCAGUCGUGAUUGCAUGUGAUGGGGAUUCAAACACUAACUCCCUGACUUCCUGUUUAUCAGCAUCGCUGCCCCCCAGCCAAGUGUAUCUGAUAUAAUUGUAAAGAUAACUUUUCAGGUGACAACAUGGGCUCACGUAUCUGAGUUUUUAGUAUACUGUGUGUGUACAUAUAUAUGGACGAGUGUGUGUGUGUGUGUGUGUGUAUCUGAUAUUCUUAAGUGCCUUUUUUUGUAUUUUUUAUGUUGAUCUGUAUCUUUCCCAACUGAUUUCCUGUACAUCCUGUUAUUUUGUACAGCAUUUUGAUAUUUACAUUAUUGUUUGCAUUAUAGUCAUAUGCAGUAUGAUUAAUGUACAGUAACAGCAGGAAUAAACCCAAUACAAGUUGGUGAAGAGGAGAAGGUUAAUAAUAUACGAUACUUGAAACUGUAUCUGGCUUAUUGAUGAAAAUGUGAUUGGUCACAAUAACCGGACAUUUGCCCUUAAAAUGUGAAAUUUGCCACACUUUUAACUCAAAUAAAAAAAUGGGGAUGUGGAUUAAGAA